CCGAAUCCAUGUCUGUCAAAUCCUUGUCAUCAUGGGGGAACGGGGGAUAGAAUUGCGGCUGGCGGAUAUACCUGUCGCUGUAACAAUGGAAUCAGCGGUGUCCACUGUGAAAAUUUCACAUGCGACACAACGUGGACGGAAAUUGCUCACGAAGUUGUUCCUUCAGACUUUGAAGAUGGCUUCAAAAACUAUUCACUGAGUGAUAUCGGUGCAUGGUGUUCAAAAGAAAAUGCUGACCCUUCCCUAGAAAUAAAUUUCGCUAGCGCAGUACGUGUUUAUGGCUUCGGUUUUGGAACAGCCUCGAAUAUCUCCAUCAUGUCCUAUUACACGAGAGUCGGAGCUUCAACCCGUCUAACUGGCGAUUGGGAGGAUGUUAUAAUCGGUUCGCAUCGUGAAUUACGUGGCCCACAUAAACCAGGUGAUACGAUCUACCAUUACUUUAAUCCUCGUCAAGCAUUUCGGGUUAAAUUAGUGUUUCGUUCCUUUCAACGUGAUCCGAUAAAUGGCAAAUGUGCUCGCAUCGACAUCAAAGCCUGUCCUUACGAUUACUGUGCGGAAAGUAACUCUUGCAGAAACGAAGGCAUCUGCAAACCAAGUAAUGAGACUGGCUUUCUUUGUCACUGUCAGUUGGGAUAUGAGGGAAAGUUUUGCCAACAUGAGCAUACUUCAAGUGCCUCAAUUCGUCCAAGUGCUACCCAAGGUUCUGGUGGAAAAAGUUUCCAAGGUUCUGGUGGCUAUCGUUCCCAAGAUUCUGGUGGUGGUGGACAAAUAUUUCCUUUCGUGACCAGUAAUUUCAAUGCGACAAUUUUGCCACAACCUUCACCAACGUUUGUUUCUACACCGAAAACCAACGCCCCAUUACGGCUAGGCACCAUUGCCCCGCCUGCCUCAACCACCGUGGCUCCAGCGGUAGCGCCCGUGAAUGGCAAUUGGACAACCUGGAGCUCUUGGGGAGAUUGUUCAGUCACGUGCGGCUCAGGAAAUCAUCAACGAACCAGGACUUGUUCAAACCCCCAGCCAGCACAUGGUGGCAAUGAAUGCGUUGGUUUAGACAAAGAAAUUGCUGAUUGUGAGGCAGGAACAUUGUGUGCAGGUGAGGCCGGGUUCGGCAAUUGGGCUGCGUGGUUAGAUUGCAACAACACGUGUGGUACUGCAUUCCAAACACGGAGCCGAACUUGUGCUGACAAAGAUCUAGGGUGUACGGCCAAGAGCGUCCAGUCCAAGGCAUGCACGGUUCCCAAAUGCCCAGUGGACGGGGGGUAUACGGAAUGGGGGAAUUGGUCCGUUUGUUCGGCUACGUGUGGGACAGGUCAGUUGGUACGCCGUCGAGAGUGCAGCAAUCCAGCCCCAGCCCAUGGUGGAAAAGAUUGCGAGGAUCCUUUAAAAGAGACAAAGCAAUGUGUUUUAAUUGCAAUGUGUGCAGAUGAGAUUGGUUUUGGGGAAUGGUCUGCCUGGAGCUUGUGCAGUGUGACCUGCGGACCUGGUGAAAAGACGCGUGCUAGAGAAUGUUCAAUGGCCAAUCCUGGAGACUCCUUCUGUAAAGGAGCCACUGCUCAAACUUUUGAUUGCAAUGAUGCUCCUUGCCCUGUUAACGGGGGAUUUUCAGAUUGGAAAGAGUGGAGCGCGUGUUCCAAAACCUGUGGUACUGGCGUGAAGAGAAGAAGGCGCUUUUGUGAUAAUCCGACGUCAAAACAUGGAGGAAAAGAUUGCGUUGGGGAAAGAGAAUUGAUUCAGGAUUGUGAGAUCAUAGGAUGUCAAGGUGAUGGUAGCUACACGGAUUGGUCAAGCUGGACACCCUGCAGUGUUACUUGUGGUUCUGGGACCAAAUUGAAGACACGUCACUGUCUUAAUGAAAGUGGUAGCGGCUGUACUGGCCCUACUUCGGAAACUCUGGAAUGUCUGAUUCCAGAUUGCCCAGUCGAUGGAAACUUUACAGAAUGGACCCAGUGGUCGAAAUGUUCUGUAGCUUGUGGCUCAGACAAAAUUCUUCGGACGCGAAAAUGUACCAAUCCCGAGCCGGCUCUUGGAGGAAGUGAUUGCUUAGGUUUGAGCGAGGAAGAACGAUUUUGCUCAAUGCCAAACACUUGCCCAGCCGAAGCUGGGUUUGCAAUCUGGUCCCAGUGGUCUGUAUGUGACACCGAAUGUUCAGUCGGAGAGAGUAUUCGCAGGCGAGUGUGCGCAGACAAAACCAACGGCGAGGUUACUUGCAAUGGAACAUCUUUUCAGAAUAUCACUUGCUAUGCCGGACCAUGUCCUGUUGAUGGUAAUUAUUCAGAGUGGUUGUCAUGGUCGUCUUGUAGUGGAUUCUGUGGUUCUGGUUUUCAAAAUCGUUCGCGAACCUGUACUAACCCCGAGCCUGCAUAUAACGGGGCUGGAUGUUCUGGACCAAGCUCAGAUGUCAAAGUUUGUCAGCAUAACACUCCCUGCUCAGAUGAAGCUGGUUACGGGGAAUGGUCACGAUGGACACUAUGUACUCAAACCUGUGGUAAAGGUGCGCGUAUCAGAACAAGAAAAUGUAAAGAUGGUUCGGAUCCCAGCCUAUGUACCGCAGAAUCCAGUCAAAGUAAACCUUGCGACAAAGGGGCAUGUCCAGUGCAUGGAAAUUGGGCAUCGUGGUCAAACUGGGGUCCCUGCAGCGCGUCCUGUGGUUCUGGAGUGAAAGAACGAUCUCGUACAUGUACCAAUCCCGUACCAUUUUAUGGAGGCCUCGACUGCUUUGAGAAUUCUCAUGACUAUUCUGAUUGUGUUAUGCCAGUGGAUUGUCCAGGUGAUGACGAGUUUUCGCAGUGGGGUAACUGGGGAUCAUGUAGUGUUGACUGUGGUGAAGGAAGACAAAAAAGAACCCGUUUUUGCACCAUUGUACCUACGUAUCCACCACAAGAGGAAACAUACUGCACCGCUUCGACAGAGCAAAGCAUGAAGUGUUAUAACAAACCAUGCAAUGUAAACGGAAACUUCACUCCGUGGACAGAUUGGUCAGCUUGUACGACUUCAUGUGGAUUUGGGACACGUUUCAGAUAUCGCAACUGCACGCAUCCUCCACCAUUGUUUGGUGGGAGCGAUUGUCUGGGACCACUCUACGAGAUGAAAGAAUGUGAGAAUGCAGCCAAUUGUCUAGACGAUGUGAAUUUCUCCACCUGGGCAAGCUGGGGUGCUUGCUCAUCUGGGUGUGAGGGUGUGAUGCACAAAACACGAGAAUGUACCCUUCAGGAAAAAGAUUCUUGUCAGACUCUUACUAACGUCACGAUGAGCUGUGAAACACAACUUUGCCCAGUGAACGGAGGUUGGUCCAUGUGGACUGAUUGGUCUCCGUGCAGUAAAACAUGCGGUCACCAGGAAGAAGUUAGAACCAGAGUUUGUAACAAUCCACUUCAGAGAAAUGGUGGAAAAUAUUGCACUGGCCAUGAUAUCGAAGUGAUGCCUUGCAAUGAAUACGAUUACAUCAAAUGUCCAGAGCCUCCUCCAGCCGAGUGGUCCGAUUGGGCGUGGUGGAACCCCUGUACAAAGGCGUGUGAUGGAGGACACGAGAUCCGCUACAGGUUAUGUAAUAACCCGCCCCCAGCCCCUGGGGCCGCAGGGUGCAAAGGGGAUGGGGAAGAAUCAUACGAUUGCAAUAUCCAUCCUUGUCCAGUUCAUGGAAACUAUAGCGAGUGGUCAUCUUGGACAACUUGUACGAAGGAGUGUGGAAACGGAACUCGAGUGCGAGGCAGAUUAUGUGACAAUCCAAGUCCAGCUCAUGGUGGUUCACCGUGUGAAGGACCGGGCCAUGACUUAAACUACUGCAACACACAUCAUUGUCCUAUUGACGGAGGCUACAGUGACUGGGGUCCCUGGAUGUUCUGCAACAAACCUUGUGGAACUGGUACCUCGGAUAGGAAACGUUCGUGUACCAACCCAACUCCGAUGUAUGGUGGAAAGAACUGCACUGGUCCUUCCUAUGAGGCCAAUAAUUGCAACACGUUUCCUUGUUCGCCCGCUAACAUCAGGUUGGACGUGACCUUCGACAGCUUUACGAUGACUGAAUAUAACAGUGACGUGACCGCAUUCGAGAACUCUGUAAAGGGAAAGAUAAAUUCUGUGUACGAGGCAUAUCCUCCAGACAUCACAUUUACAUCGUGCAGCGCCGGAGUGGGAAAUAAAGUGAAGUGCAAAUUGGAUCUUAACUAUCAGUCGCUUGCCGGUGAUGAGCUGGUUGUCCUCCAAGAUAAAUUGCUGGAUUCAGCAACGGAAACCGUUCUACACAGCAUGAUCUCAACAAACGUGUUUUCGUCACCACUUGUUCUGCAAGCAACUCCGUUGAAUUCAACUAGCAUAAGAGCGGAAUGGCCAGCUUUGCCAAGCUCAGCUGAAACAUCGAGCACGUCGACUCUCACUGGAUACGUUUUGUUCUAUAAAGAAACGGCAGCAAAACCGUACCAGAAAAUCGGUGUAGCCCCUACCGAACUUUCGAAGACUUUGGAGGAGCUCAAGAAAUUCACCGAAUAUCGAAUGGUGAUUUGCCCUUACUCUGAGAAAGGAAAUGGUAUCCCAAGUGCACCUGUCACAAAAACUACCCUGGAAGAUGUUCCAAGUGUGGCACCGAAAAUAUUGAACAUUUCGUCUCCAACAUCUCAAUCGUUAAAUUUAUCCUGGACCACAGUGAGCUCAGAAUAUUGGCACGGCAUUCAACGAGGCUACUGCGUGAGAUAUAAAGCAAGAGGAGCAUCAACCAGUAACACUCAUAAUGUCACCGACGUUGAACAACUGCAGACCGUUCUUACUGGUUUGGAUCAUUUUACGAAGUAUUAUGUCUACGUGUCUGCCAAAACAACUCCCGGAUGUGGAGAAGAAGCUAGUACGAGUUUUGUCACCUUGGAGUAUGUUCCGAGUGAACCGCCACAGAAUGUGAAUGCAACAGCUAUGACGUCCACAGUUGGUGUUCUUCUCACAUGGGACGAAGUGAGACCCGAAGCAAGACAUGGGAUCAUAAAAGGAUACAAUGUGUCAUACGGGAUUACUGGUGAGCCUGUAAAAUGGAUAAAUGUUGAGGGUGCUGAUAGAAGAAAAGUGAAUAUAACCGGCCUGAAGUUCCUUACUGAAUAUCAAGUCAAAGUUCUGGCCUAUACGAGUGUUGGGAAUGGCCCGGAAUGUUCACCAAUAUCCAUCACUACGGAAGAGUCAACUCCUUCCAAAGCACCCACUCUUGUCGAAGGUAAACACACCAGCUCCUCAAGUAUUUAUCUCAAAUGGGAGGCCAUAGAUUCCCAGCACCAUCAAGGAGCUCUUCUUGGAUAUCGUGUUUAUUAUCGUGCUGCAGACACAACCAGAAAACAGAAAAUGAUUGAGAUCCCAAUAUCUGAUCCAAAUCAUCUGGAAUGUCACUUGACUGGACUGUUCUGGUGGUGGUGGUAUGAUAUAUACAUUGGUGGUUAUACAAAGAUUGGCACUGGAGUGACCUUGAAUAUCGGCGUUCAGACUGACGAAGAAGUUCCAAGCCGUUACCCCGAAAAUAUUCGUGGCGUUGCCUUGACAACGACCACCAUGUCGUUUGAAUGGGAUCCAGUCCUACCGAAUUUUGCACAUGGCAUUCCGAUUGGUUACAAACUGACCGUCAUCGAGACUGACAAUCCUGGUAAUAUGAUUGUGUCCAAGAUGAUUCCAUUUCCUGAAAGAUCUUACUACGUCGAAGGUCUGAAGAAAUUUACCAACUACACCAUGUGGGUGACCAUUGUGAACAGUAAGGGUGAAGGCCCGCGAUAUCCCCCAGGUCACAUAUACUCCACUGGGGAAGACGGUCCGGAAUAUCCCCCGGAAGACAUCAAAAUUUCCACACUUAAACACAUCACAGAGAUAGAGCUGGAAUGGACGAGAAUCCCAGCUAAAUAUCAUAACGGCAUCUUACGUGGUUACUACGUCGAAUACACGGCAACAGUUUUGGCUGGAGAGGUCAUACCUUCCGAUAAACGAGUUGUUCAGUCGAAAAGAGUCAGAGGGAAUCGUUACUCAACGGUGCUCAAAAACCUUGACCCUGGCUCUACCUACGAGAUCAGUAUCUUUGGCUAUACCAGUAGGAAUGGCUCGAAAAGCAACGCCACAGCUGCUGAAACAUGUCGUUGUCCAAAGUACCUUCGCUCCAAUUGGUGGGUCUUACCUCCUUACACGAACAUCAGCAAUUCCGAUUCGCCCGGCGGAAUUUUCUUUGUGGUAGCCAAACAAGUUCUGGACGACAUGUGUGGUGUUUGCGAAAACGGUCAUGGUAAAACCGAAUUUUGCUACGAAGAGGGUUGCGACAAAAAACGUCGGAGAAGACGUUCAUCAGGAAACAGUUAUCAGAAAAAUAGUUUACAAUCCGUUUCAACCGAUAUUGGUGGAAAUGUUGAAAUCAGUUUUCCCGUCCAGGGUAAUAAAUUUAUGACGACCUAUGGUGGAGUGUUUCCGUACAUUUCUGUCGUCGAUGCACCCGGUUCGGCGUACUUCACCGUCAAAAAUGUCCCCUCAACUGCCACAGUGGUUGUCCAGGCAGUCGUGGCGUGUAUGCCGUUGGUUGUGUUGAUGAUCCUCCUCGCGUGGAUCGCUGGGAUUAUCAUUUGGGUCUUGGAGCGUAAACAAAAAAACAAGAAUUUCCCAGAAUCGUUUACGAAAGGUAUUCCAGAAGGAUUUUGGUGGGCUUUUGUCUCCAUUACAAGUGUUGGAUACGGUGAUCGCAGUCCAGUUACUGUGCCCGGUCGUCUGUUUGCUUCGGUUUGGAUUCUGAUGGGUCUCGUGAUUAUUUCGAUCGUCACGGGGGCGAUUGUCUCGUCAAUUACGUCAGUAUUAGUUAUACAGGAAGACAAAAUGUAUGGCGCACAGGUCGGGGCUAUUUUAAAUUCUGCUGAAUACUCAAAGGCAGUUAGACAGAAUGCAGAUGUUGUUCCCUACAACAAUAUGGAAGAUUUGAUCAACGCAAUGCAUAACAAGGAGGUGUCAGGAGCUUUACUUGACAUGUACGCUGCGGCAACUAAGAAAAGUAUGUUUGAAGGAGGAGAUAUCCAGUUGAAUCGUCUAAUAGAAUAUCCAACUGGUUACGGUUUUGUCCUGUCUGGAAACAUGGCCAAAGCCGCGCCAUUAUUUCGCCAAGCUCUGGCUGCGCAAAAGACCAAGAUCUCGUUGAUUGUCGAAAAAAAUACAGAUUCCAUAUCUCUUGAUAGAAAGGAGGCUGACGAAGCCAAAGAGAAAUCGUCUGGUUUAUUUGAUCCCUCAGCAGAAGCGUUUCAAGAGUCAUCCAAAGUUACCAUCAGUUUGUUAGCUGUGGCAAUUAUCCUCGGCCUGAUUUGGCAUUUUGGAAGGUACAAGAGAAAGGAGAAACAGAAGCAAAGUAAAAGAGAGAAACUGAAAGAGAGUAUUCCUUCAUUCCGAGUCGCAGAAUACCUCAGAACGGAGGGUCGCAAGUCACUGGAGGAUUUCGCCAAAUCCUUAGAACAGCAGAUUUCGGCUCUGAGAGAUAAACAAAUUCGUGAGCGUAAGAGCACGUGGCUUUAUAAAACCGAGAGAGCCAGACUGCGUUCAACUAGAUCGCCAAUAUCUUUCAACCUGCGAAGAUCAAGGACACGGGUCACUCCCGAAGUCAAUACGGCUUUCGACAAAGUUGAAUCAGGCGCAUCGCCCAUCUCAACCUUUGACGAUUUCCGAAAACAGAAAUCUGGCCAGGUCGUUCCUGUUGUGAAGGAAUGUUCUCUAUCACAAAGUCAUCUGAGUCUUAACCCUGUGAGCGAGGAAGAGAAUGUUCGUUCUAGUCGAGUCUUUCCAAUUCAGGACCGUUCCUCAUUGCGAGCCAACCAGAGCCGUUCCUCUUUAAACGAGGAAAAGAAUGUCCAUUCUAGUGAGGUCUUUCCAACGCAGGACUGUUCCCCAUCGCGAGCCAAUCAGAGUCGUACCUCUUUAAACGAGGAAGAGAACGUUCGGUCUAGUCCAGUCUUUCCAAUGCAGGACCGUUCCCCAUCGCAAGCCAAUCAGAGUCGUUCCUCUUUAAACGAGGAAGAGAACGUUUGGUCUAGUCCAGUCUUUCCAAUGCAGAACCGUUCCCCAUCGCGAGCCAAUCAGAGUCGUACCUCUUUAAACGAGGAAGAGAACGUUCGGUCUAGUCCAGUCUUUCCAAUGCAGGACCGUUCCCCAUCGCGAGCCGAUCGGAGUCGUACCUCUUUAAACGAGGAAGAGAACGUCCGGUCUAGUCCAGUCUUUCCAAUGCAGGACCGUUCCCCAUCGCGAGCCAAUCAGAGUCGUACCUCUUUAAACGAGGAAGAGAACGUCCGGUCUAGUCCAGUCUUUCCAAUGCAGGACCGUUCCCCAUCGCGAGCCAAUCAGAGUCGUACCUCUUUAAACGAGGAAGAGAACGUUCGGUCUAGUCCAGUCUUUCCAAUGCAGGACCCUUCCCCAUCGCGAGCCAAUCAGAGUCGUACCUCUUUAAACGAAGAAGACAAUGUUCGAUCUAGUCCAGUCUUUCCAAUGCAGGACCCUUCCCCAUCGCGAGCCAAUCAGAGUCGUUCCUCUUUAAACGAGGAAGACAAUGUUCGAUCUAGUCAGGUCUUUCCAAUGCAGGACCGUUCCCCAUCGCGAGCCAAUCAGAGUCGUACCUCUUUAAAUGUGGAAGAGAAUGCUAUGUAGUCUCAGAACUUUUAUCUGCUUGUUUUUACUGUUGCACUGAUUUCAACAUCGCACUGAUCACAAAACAAAUAAUGGCGUUCUAAGGUAAUCGAUUCUAGACGAUAAUGGCAGGUCGUUCACAAUGAAUGCCUGGAAUCACGUGCACAGCUCUAUCGAUGAUCUCCUGGUAUGUUAUACUAAAUACUAAUACUACUCCUACAGGAUUGUUACUAAUUAUCAUUUGAAAGAACGUUUAAAAUUUUUUGUACCGAGGCUUUCUAGCUACAAGUGCAACUUAUCUGCCGGAAUUG